AGAUUGGGAAUGGUAACGCACCCUGUAACUUCCACCCUUUUUUGAUGGUGGACCCACAAAACACCCAUGUUAUCUUUGCUUUGAAGCUUCAAAAUCUCUCAAAUGUAAUUAAUGAACUUCCAUUUGCAGUAAGCUUACACAACUUACUGUAGUCAUUUCUCCCUAAUGGCACCCUUCUCUCACUUCUACUUCACUCUCCCUCUCUUUAACUAUUUUUACUUUUGAAGGUAAGAGACGAUUUGAAGGGGUGUUUUCUGUGUGUAUUUUGGGAGAAAUGGGUUCCUGUGUUUCGGUGCACAAAGACCAUGAAUCCGCCAUGAAACUCCGUCUGUCAUACGGCUCGAAAAAUGACAAGCUUGUGAGUACCGGCGGGGAUCCUACGGUUGCUGACAUGGCUCUCAAAUCUAACCCAAUAUACAAUGUUCGUGAUUUUGGUAGCAAAGAGGAAACCUUCUUUGAUACUCAGCCUUGGUUAGAGUCAGAUUGUGAAGAUGAUUUCUCUAGCAUUAACGGUGAUUUCAUUCCAUCUCGAGGUAGUACUCCAGUCCAUCACAGCUCUUCUGUAGGAAACCCUGUCUCUGUACCUGUGUCAUCUCCUGCUGAUAAGAAAAAGAAACUCUCUGACCUCUUCAAGGAGAGCUUACAAGUUGAUCGUGAUUUGGACGAACAACAUGUGGUUGGUAACCUGAAUGUGGAUGCUGCAGAAGUGAAAGCUGAAGUUUUGAGUGUUGACCUCCCACCAAAAUCUGCAGACGAGAGGCCUAAUGUCUCGGGAGCUAUCUUUGCGUAUACAAGUGAAAGAACUUUGAAUGUAGUGUUCAGACCUGAGGACAAAUCAGCAAAGUCUUGCCUUCCGAGGCUGAUUUCGAGCCGUAGCUUUAGCGAAAGGAGGAACAGGAUGAGCCCUUCACGUAGUGUUGGUUGAGAGAUAAAUCGGGUUCGAAGUUUCUGCCGAACUUAUAUGGUGAAAGCGUGAAUCUGAAAAGAACCCACUAUCUCAACCGUAACACUUUUAUUGGCGAUAUAUUUGUAAAUGUUAAUACUGGAUUGUUUCCCAAAUGUUUUAAUUUUUGUGUAAACAAAGUGUAAUAUCAAUUAACAGAGGCAUAACUAUUAGAGUUGCAAAUGGUUUUCUUUCUGUUUUUA